UAUCUAAAUACCCUCUCAUCCACAAAAUUAAUGCAAGUGAGAUGCCAUGUAACACAAAAAUAUAAAGAUUAGCAUGUAACUAGGAAGUAAUCAAAAGCAAUGAAAAAUUUGUUUCCAAUCUUCAAAACUUCAUUAAAUCAAAUCAAAACUUCUCUAUACCCUGGAUUUCUCAGACAUGGAGAGGGAUUAUAACAACAAACCAACGUUCACUCAGAUCUUUGUGGCGUCUUCGAUCGGGUUGUUCAUCGCAGCGAUAGUGCAUUAUCGUCUCCGACUAAAAAAGGAUCGGAAGAUCGUCCCUCGUUUAAAACAUAAAGCCCGCGCAGGCAAAAAUGAAAAGCUUGAAAGGUUCCCUCAUUAUGUAGCAAGGCAAAUGGGAUUUAAGGAUAGAAGAGAAUGUCCACAUCUCUGCAAAUUAGCUGCAGAAUAUAUUCGGAAAAGCGAAAGCUGCGAAGAAGAUAUUUUCGCAUUUUUCGCCGAAGAAGCGGAAGCAGAUUCGCUAUUUGUGAAGCUUUUAGAGGAGUUAGAGAGGUGCAUUCUUAGCUAUUUUGCAUUCCAUUGGAGUCAUGCUGAUCUUAUCAUGCAUCAGGUAUUUAGUGCUGAUGCAGAACCCAAAAGAAAAUUCAAGCACAUUGUAAUGGCAGCAACAAGGGAGCAAAGAUUCGAGAGGGUGACGAAAAAUUUGAAGGUAGCAAGGGUGUUCAAUACACUAGUGGAGGAAAUGAAAGCAAUGGGACUAGCAUCAAGUGAUGACUCAGUGUGCACGGAGGUCAUGGCUCCGGUGGCUCACUCUGAUAGAAGUCCCGUGCUCCUCUUCAUGGGCGGUGGAAUGGGCGCUGGCAAGAGUACGGUGCUCAAGGACAUUCUCAAAGAACCAUUCUGGGCAGGAGCAGCAGGCAAUGCAGUGAUCAUUGAAGCAGAUGCCUUCAAAGAAUCAGAUGUCAUCUAUAGAGCCCUCAGCUCUAGAGGCCACGCUGAUAUGAUUCAAACAGCUGAGUUGGUGCACCAAUCAUCGACAAAUGCAGCAUCGUCACUCUUGGUGACCGCGUUAAAUGAAGGGCGAGACGUGAUCAUGGACGGGACCCUGUCGUGGUUACCGUUUGUUGUGCAGACCAUAACAAUGGCCCGAAAUGUGCACCGAAGACGGUACCGUAUGGGAGUUGGGUACAAGGAGGAAAGCGAUGGAAGCAUAAUUGAGAACUAUUGGGAGCAAAUGGAAGAAGAACAACCACUUCUUGAUGGGAAUAAAAAGCGAAAACCUUAUCGAAUAGAGCUCGUCGGGGUUGUUUGCGAUGCUUAUUUGGCUGUUGUGAGAGGCAUAAGGAGAGCUAUAAUGUGCAGGAGAGCUGUAAGGGUGAAUUCACAGCUGAAAUCUCACAAGAGAUUUGCAAAUGCAUUUCUAACUUACUGCCAAUUGGUUGACAAUGCUAGGCUAUAUUGCACCAAUGCUUUGGAAGGCGUUCCUAAGUUGAUAGGAUGGAAAGAAAGAGACAAGACAUUGCUAGUUGAUCCAGAUGAAAUAGAGUGUCUGAAAAGGGUUGGUAGCUUGAAUGAGAUAGCAGACUCUAUCUAUGAGCUUUACAAAUCUCCGAAUCCGGCUUGCGCCGUGGGUUCGAUUUGGAACGACAUCGUAUUGUCACCCUCAAGGAUUAACAUCCAAAAGGAGUUGAAGUAUUGUAUUCAGAAAGUAGAAAGAUCCAAGUCAUAAAUCAUGUUUCAAGUCUUUAUAUAGUAGAUGAACGAUAUAUUUAUUUAUCCUACUUAAUUGGAUUGUAUUGUAUAUUGUAUGCACUUUCUAUUUAGAAUUAUGCCUUCAUUUUUGUCUGAUUUGCUAGAAAAUAGGAACACCUCAUGUAAUUACUUUACAUCGGAAAUUAAUAAGAGAAUCAUAAUUUAAUCA